AUUAAUUAAAUAACUAAAAGUAAUGGAUCAAUGGGUCGAGACAUCUUCAAAAAAUCGACUACAUAAAACCUGUAAGAUUAAAGGGUUGAAGCAGAUUUCACUGGCUGGCAGGUGCACAAUUGGCGAGCAUUGUCAUCUGAAUGCUCAGUUCAACUCAAUCAAGAUUGGAAUGAACUCUUUCUUCGAGCCAUUUGUAACAGUCGACUCUUCGAAAGCAGAAGUGAAAAUAGGGUCCUACACACGAAUCGGCUCCAAAACCACCAUUGGCUCUGGCACAGCAAUAGGCAGCAGAGUGAAUGUGGGGUCCGGUUGUAUCUUGGAACCAGGAUGUGUUAUCAGAGACUGUUGUGUAAUCGAAGACCACGUUAGAAUUCCCGCAAACUACCUAGUACCGCCCUUUACAAGAGUGACCAUCGAAAGUGGGACCUUGAAAGAGUACGACUUGCCUCCAAGCUACAGACAAAUCAAUGAGGACAAACUUUGUAUUUUGGAAGCGGUUGGUGUCAGGGUAGGUAAUAAUAGAAAUUGAAGGAAGCCUGCUCUAGAAAAAAUUUGUAAAACAAAACUCAUCAACUCCAACAAUGUCGGUUGAUUUUAACGCUUUGGCCCAACAGUUUUGCAGCUUCUAUUACGAUCAAUUUGACAAGGAUAGAUCUCAACUGGGAAACCUUUAUAGAGACCACUCUAUGCUCACUUUUGAGUCUUCCCAAAUCCAGGGUGCUCGCAACAUCAUUGAAAAACUCACAUCCCUUGGUUUCAACAAGGUGGCUCACAGAAUUUCCACCCUUGAUGCUCAGCCUGCAUCCGAAAAUGGAGACGUUCUUGUUAUGGUUACUGGUGAGCUUCUGAUUGAUGACGAACAAAAUACCCAGAGAUACUCUCAGGUCUUCCAUCUCAUUCCAGAUGCAGGCUCCUACUACGUCCUGAACGAUAUCUUUAGACUCAAUUACGCUUAAGAACAAAGAACUAAUGGUUUGUCUUGCCCCGUCUGCGCAGGGACUUGAUAGUAAUUGGCUUUAAAGUGACCUUAUAUGCUCUCUAGUUUGUUUGCAUAGUAAAAGCUACAAAACAUCUGUGCAUUUUUGUUGCACUUAUGUUGUUGGUGUUGGUGUGUAGCAAUGUGUAUAAAUGAACCAGAUUGCUUAGU